AAUUUUAAUUCCCAGCGCGGUUAACAGACUAACGCUCGUGGUUCAUACAGCCAAAAUUAACAAUAUUACAAAGAAAGAAAGAAAAAAUGGUUUGCAUGCCAUUGGCCCUACUGCUCUUGAGAUGAAAGGUGGGACCUUUUAGACUGAAUCCUGAGGGAUCUGGAAGUGAGGAGUGUCAGUCGGUGUCCAGCUUCAGGGUUUGUUUGAUUACUGAGUUCUCUGGAUAUCUGGAGAGUUCAGAGCACAGGAGACGACACAUCUUGAGAUGAUCCAACAUCUGUGCAGCAGUACACAGAAUGAUCAAAAAUCAGGACUCCCCUAAAAGAUGCGACAUGAAGCAUGCACUGGAUUUUUAAAGGACAAAGAUAGUCUCAUCUUCAGCUCAUGAUGAACAGCACCUCAUUCAUACUGAAUCUCUCCAGGUUAAGCAACGGGACAGAUGUGGCGGUCUCGGGUCCCGUCACCUGGAGGAUGGCCAUGAUCACUCUCAUAACCGUCCCGCUCUCCAUCAUCACCAUCAUAGGCAACGUCCUGGUCAUGAUCUCUUUUCGGGUCAACCCUCUUCUGAGGACAGUGAGCAACUACUUCCUCUUAAGCCUGGCUGUGGCGGACUUCAUUUUAGGCGCCGUCUCGAUGAACCUCUACACUACCUACAUCCUGAUCGGCCAGUGGACUUUAGGAAACCUAGCCUGUGAUGUGUGGUUGACUGUGGAUUAUGUGGCAAGCAACGCCUCUGUUAUGAACCUGCUGGCCAUCAGUGUCGACCGCUACCUCUCUGUCAUGCGACCUCUGACCUAUCGGGCCACUAGAACGCCCAGAAGAGCGGCGGUGCUGAUUACUCUAGCGUGGACCGUCUCGUUUGUGCUUUGGGCUCCAGCUAUUUUGUUCUGGCAGUAUAUAGUGGGUGAACGGACUGUUCCAGAGGGAGAGUGUUCAGUGCAGUUCCUGUCUGAGCCAGUGAUCACAUUCGGGACGGCCAUCGCCGCAUUUUACCUGCCGGUGAGCGUGAUGGUGGCGCUGUACUGGCGGGUGUACCGCGAGACAGAGAAGCGCUCUCAGCAGCUCGCUGGACUCAUCGCUUCACAGGGAGGACGCACGCCAAACACAUCUCAGAGAUCUUGUCACAGCGAUUUUCGCAGCGUUGAAGACGUCGGACCACAAACAGAGCAGAAGCAGCACAAGAAGGCACACAGCACCAUCUGUCCAGUCCUCACCCACCGGACAGCAGCGUGGUGGAAGAAACAAAGGGAAAGAGACGAGAUGUCCAACUCAUGCACCACAUACAGCCAUCCACAGACGGAAACGGACUGCGUUUCUCCAACACCAGACGACAGUAACAAAUACAUUCCACUCGUUCUGAUGGAUACGACUGCAGUCGGUAAGCUUCCCAAUGACUGUGAUGCCACCAAGAGGAGCUUUGAGUCAGGAAGUCAGAAUUCGCUUGAUUCCCCGAUGAAUCCUGUACCCACGAGUGCCAUGCAAGCUCCCGCUCGCCAGCAGACCCGCAGAGCCCGGACCUCGGGUCUGAUCAGGGAGAAGAAAGCGGCCCGGACCCUCAGUGCCAUUCUCCUGGCUUUCAUCGUAACAUGGACCCCUUACAACAUCAUGGUCCUGGUGUCCACUUUCUGUGACGACUGCGUUCCUGAAGGCCUGUGGCAGCUGGGAUACUGGCUCUGCUACGUCAACAGCACGGUCAACCCCGUCUGCUACGCGCUCUGUAACAAGCACUUCCGGGUCACGUUCAGGGCGCUGCUGCUCUGCAGGUGGAAGGAGCAUAAGAAGGGGAUCAGAUGGACCCCGACAGGAACUGGCUGAUUACAUCAUGAUGUUGUUAAAAGUUGGGUUUUCUCUUCAUGAUAUCAGUGAUUCGGCACUGGUUGACAAAUGCUGAUCUUUAUUAUGAUGCCAAAGAGCAUGUGGGCUCGAAAAGAUCCUAGAGAUCAAAGUCGUGCAUCAAAUGUAUGAAGUUCAGACCAAGUGUUUGUGAAAUUGUAUCUUGGCAGGGCAUGUAGCAGUUUUUAAAUUUGAAUGGCAUUAAUUGACACAUUCAAAAUAUAAAAUGUAGCAGCUGGGUAUGUGUUUAUCAAGCAUAAACUCUUUUAACGCUCUGGUCAUUUAUGACCAAAAACUUUUAUGUUUUGGUUUUUUUUUUUUUGGAAUGGUACGAAACUUGGUAAAGGUUUUGACACUUAUGUGAGAAAAAAAAAAAAAUCACAGACAUGAUUCGAAAAUUUUAAAUGGUCCUGAAAAAGUAGUCACUUAACAUAUUUGCAUUGCAUUUGUGCAUUUUUAACUUAAACUUCUAUACCUUUAAUUUAAAUUUUAAAUUUUUUUGUUUCCACUUCAGCAAUAUUCUGCCAAGUGUCUUCUUUAAAAAUAGGCUAAACUUAAACUUGCUCCAAAGCAGUCAUGAUUUACGAAAGUUUAAUUUGUAAAUUACUUCAAGUCUAUGCUCAAGAAGUGGUUAACCGGUAAUAAAGGAUCAUAACUAUUCCAGAAAUGUAAUUUAGUACCAUAAAAUCCCCUAAAGAAUUAAAUAACAUUGUAUAACUAAAAUAUAGCACAAAAAAAAAAAAAAAACCUAGAGAUGUAGACAUGAAGUUAGUAGUGAUAGUAGAGUGAAAAUUAUGUACAAAUAUAAUUUGUCAUGCUGCAUGAUAUAAGCUCUAAAAUUAUAAUUAUAUGCAUUUUAAUCUAAAAUCUUGAUGUUAAAAACAAUAUGCUAUUUCAAAAAAAAAAAAAAAAUUCUCAUGCCUAUUAUUUUACAUAUGGACAUUUUACAGGGUUUCAGAGUUAUAAUACUAUGGUAAAUUUUAGUGCAGUCUUUAUUUACCGUGCUGGCAGCGUUCAUAAAAAAUACACAUAAUUAAGAUUAAUUUCUCUGUUACAUGUAUGUUUAUUAUGGAAAGGCCAAUAUGAAAAAUGUAAAUAAAAAAGACAGAAAAAUACAGCAUUUACAUUCAAUACCAAAAACAAAUACAAAACGAUACAGUACUCACGAUAAUUCAAUAUGGUUAGUCAACAAUAAUAGAUACUGGUUAUAUCACAUACAAAAUUCUGCUACGAAAGAUAACCCGCCUUAUGAGAGUGUUUUUAGAAUGAAAUGAGUGGAUCCAGAAAAUGCUGAAAAAAAAAAAAACAUAAUAUGAUCAUAAAAAUAAAAAUACAGCACCAUCUUCUGGUUUU